UUUAAGUCCGAUUCACAUAGUCGGUUAAAAAGGUGACAUGUAAAACUUUAGCAUUUUAUAAAUUUAAAAACAUAUUGUUUACUGUUUACCAUUAAACUAAUCGUGAUAAAUAGCUUUCGACACAUAGUAUUUUAGUGUAUUAUCUGUACAAAAUUUACACAGCAAUUCUUGCCUAACUGUAUGAAUCGUGAUAUUUAUGUGGAACGUAGGCUUAUCGCCAUUAUUUUUUUAUCAGUGACAGUGACAUUGCGAUAGAAAAAGUUGCAAAGGACGACUUUACGAAAAGUUGUAAAAAUAUAAUUUAAUUUUAAUUAGCGCCCCAUAGUUUAUAACCAAUAUGGGUUUAGUGGGAAACCUGUUGAAGCAGCUGAAAAGCAAAGAAUUUAGGGAAUAUUUAAUGAGCACCCAUUUCUGGGGGCCUGUAGCCAAUUGGGGUAUACCAUUAGCAGCUAUUGCAGACACAAGGAAGGAUCCUAGCUUUAUUAGUGGAAAAAUGACAUUUGCUCUCUCUCUGUACUCGCUGAUGUUCAUGCGGUUCGCGUGGAAGGUGCAGCCGCGGAACCUGCUUCUGUUCGCGUGCCACUUCACCAACGAGUGCGCGCAGCUCACACAGGGUGCUCGCUUCAUCAACCACCACUACCUACAGGGUGCUGACAAAACUGAUAUAAAAGGAAAAAAAUAACUUACGCUGUACAAACUAGGCUAAUUUAUAGCGGCUCAUAAGCGAUUUUAUAGGUUGUGUAGAUGGCUAAGUACGGAUGAGGUUUUGCGGAUGUUUGUUCGCUUUUUGUGUCCGCGCGGAUGCGGACAUGUUGAUUGUGGGACCGAAAGUACUGUGAACCGCCUACAUUUUUUUUGUUGUUCUUUACAACUUUUGUAAAUAAUGUUUGGUUAAUUUUGAUGGAAAUAUAAAUGUAAUACACAUAUCUUUUGUAACAGCGACAGAUUUAUUGGCGGUCAGAAUGUCCGCAUCCGCAGACGUCGGAACCGCGUCCGCUACAGUAGAAAUAUUAUACAUACAUGUGGUAUAUUUUAUAAAUAUUUAUUAUUGUGAAUUAAAAUUUUAUUAUACUCCGUUGUUGAUCUGUUGGUAUUGUUUCAUUGUAUAGUUUAAUAAAGACGACUUUUUCAAAGGAGUUUUAA